GAUCACUUCCUCUUCAGAAAGAAUUAUCACUUAUCGCGCCUAUCAGGGUAGACUGCACUCCAAAAAAGGUGGAGCCGGAAAAGAUUCUUGGGUAGGUGGUAGAAAAGAUACCAGUCCAUGGCUCCAGGUUGAUUUAGGCAGUCAGUUUACCAGAGUAACUGGUGUAGCGACACAAGGAGGUAACAAGAGGGACUGGUGGGUCUCAGAAUACAAGCUGCUGCACAGCCUGGAUAACGAAGAGACAUCUUACUUUCAAUUCUAUGUGGAAGAAGGACAGAAUGUUAAGGUAAAAAUUAAUGUAUGGUAGAACUGGCAAGAAAAAAACUUGUUAUACAAUAUUGCUGAAAAUGAGUUGAAUAGCGACGUUGCGCGUUUUACCACCCACGAAAAAAACCUUGCAACCUUAUUUGUCUCAAGACAGGUUCGAACGAGGGUAGUAAAACCCGCAACAUCGUUAUUCAAUUCGUUUUUCAGCAGUGUUGCAAAACAAGUUUUCCUUUUUUGCUGCCCGUUUUACUGCAGCUUUACAUUCAUUAAUUGAGGCUCAAGUUAUUACUACAGCAACUGUUAAACUAGCUAGUAUAUAUUGUUAGGGGAAAAGUAAUUAAUAUAUAACUUUGCAGUUCUUUGAUGCCUAAAAACGAUAACUAACUAUUAUAUUACUAACUACUACUUUUAUUUCCAUUUUUUUGAAGCACCAUUCCCAAAAGGCUACUAUUAUUAAAUUUCACUUUCCAUGAUAACUUUUUCACUCUUCAUUUCUCUUGUAGUCAUUAAUAUAUAUUGUGAGUAACAGUACUGAAGAUAACUUGAUUAAUCAGUCAUAUUUAAUUGGUUCAGACAAAGCUUACAUAUUACAUUUCUUUUUUUCUUGCUCAGCAACACGCCAAGAACGACCCUUGCUAAGUUUCAACUGCAGUUUAUGUUUAAUAUUAUUGGGGAUCUAUUGCCCCGGGCCAGAAACUCAAGAGGCAUUAUUUUAGUCCCUGGUGGAUGUAUUUACAUAUCGAAUUCCCUGAUGGAUUGAACGCCCUCCUCGUUCUGCAUAAUUCUUCUUAUCAUACUCCAGAUACUCAGUCUCAUUCAAAUCUUUUUAAAUUAUAUAGACAGGAAAAGGUUCGUUUAAAGACAUUGCUCAUUGUUUUCCUCAAUAGUUAUUUAGUCGUUGUGACACUAAGGACAGUAUGUUGACUGACUAUACUGCUAAUUAUAAAUCGUUGUCCGAUCAUAUUGCUGAUCCAUGCUGCUGUGGUUGGCCUUUUACUAUAAAAGAGUGCCAAUGUACUAAUCGCCGAUGGUGGUUCAUUAUGGUGCUAGUAGUGACCUCACACAAACCGUAGAAAGAGCGCCGAAUACUCAGUUAAGGGAGCUUAAGCAACGACGUUGACGACGCAAAUUUCCCUUUCAUAAACUGUCGCUGCCAUUUUUAAGACACUUAGAAAAUUGUUGACCUGCCAUUGAGAGCGUUUCUAUUAAAAAGAAAGAGAAUCGCAACCCAGAGAGAACCCGGACCUUUCGUAUCCUAUUAGCUAAUCUCUCUCCCUAGCUACUACACUACGACACCGAUCCGUCAACAUUCCGAAAAAUUUAAGUACAUAAAUACCAAAAUUUCUUAAAUAACUGAUACAUCAAUAACAGGUGACCCUAGCCCUUUCCAAAACUUUUAACGUAAAUUCAACCUGGUUUUCAGCGUCGUUUUUUCUAACACUAUUCAAAAACGUAUUAUUCGCCUUCGUGUAACGUAAUCCAGGGAAUAUAUUACAUAUAUCAUGACUAAAGGCUUGGUUACCAAUGGGUUGCAUCGACCGUUAAAAAUGGCAACGACUGUUUGCGAAGGGGAAAUACGUGUCAGCGACAGCAGUAAAAACUUGAAAGGUUUUCGUUUUUCAAACUAUGUCACCAUGAUCCCAACUCGCUUUCAAUGUCGGAUGUUGAAUUUCUCAGCUAUAUUCUUGGUGGCUUCCCCAUUUUUUAAUACGAGAAAGAAAAAUUCGCUGUGGUAUGUCACUUCGAACUGGUACAGUAAAGGCAACGAACUUUUCCAAAUAGUGUGGUUCACGUGCAAAAUUGACCCCAUUCCGUUGUUUGAACUUCUCGUUGCUGUCACCGUCAUAGUUGUUUAAAGCUCCGAGGUAUGACUGCAAGUAUAUUUUGGUGUUAUAAAACCCUUGUCUUAAGCCAGUCUAUCCUUAAUUUGCAGAUAUUUGAUGGGAACAGUGACCGUGAGACUGUUGUUCGUCAUAACCUGACCAAAGUUAUUACGGCCCGUUACAUUCGCUUUCAACCGACCGUUUGGCACGUACUAGCAUCAAUGAGAGUUGAGCUAUAUGGCUGUUUUGGUAAUGUAUCUUAAUAUUAAUAAUAAUAACAAUUUUAUAAUAAUAAUAAUAAUGGAAACUUUAUUUGUGUUUUUGAAUGUACAAUUGUAAAUCUCGCUACGUAUAGGCAAUUUACAAAUGCUACUUGAGAUUGGAUUAUUAAAAAGAAAAAAAAACAAACAAAAAACAAGCAAACAAAGAAAAAACAAAAAAAACAAAAACAAAAACAAAACAAAACAAAAGCCCCCAAAAAACACAAAAUUGCAUUAAGUCUGGGCUAUCCCAGUUCCUAUUUCUACAACAAAAGAUGUAAUAUGUAUAAUAAUAAUAAUAAUAAUAAUAAUAAUAAUAAUAAUAAACACAAUAAAUUCUUUAUUAAAAUCUUAUAAAAACCUUAUAAAAACUACACACAAAACUUCGGUAAAAUAUUCAUAAAAAUAAAACGUCCACAUCAAUAUUAUAUAAAUACAAAUUUCCGGCAAAACCCCUUCACAAUUCAGAAUUCUAAGAUACUAAUUAAAAACUAAAUAUAUGUCCACGAUAGAAAACUAUUUACAAUUGUUAAUAAUUUAAGAGUGGGAAAAGGAAAAUCAAGCAUUACUAAGAAAAAACUAUCAAAAAUCUAGGCCUAAAAUUAUGAAUGCAGAUGUAGACCAGCUAAAGCGAAAGUAAAGUCUUCUGAGACCUCACGUGAUUUGAAUGGAUAUCUAGAACUUCUGACGCAUCUGUGUACAGUUCUUAAUAUAGCAAAUGAGAGCUGUAUUCGAAGCCAGGAAAUAACGCUGGCGUAGGGUUCAUCGUUCUUAGUCGAAAGCUUAAUUGCGAGAGUUCUUAAAAAGUUGUGACAGUCGAGUCCCAUGCCCCCGUUUGUACCAAACACCAGUGGUGUAAAGGUUCCCAUCUCUACAUCCAUCCCAAUCUCUGGUUGUAUUUCCUCUUCUUCUCGUUUUCUUGCUCUUUGAAGAUCGUAGCUGUGCACUUGCCCUGGUUGGACCGGGAGUUAACAUGCGUUACACGUACGUCAAAGAAUGCCGUUACUCCUGGUGUCCAAAAACCUCCUGCCUUCAUAUCCAACCUUGCUUCUCGACUUGUAACAGUAGAUAGAUAGAUAGAUAGAUAGAUAGAUAGAUAGAUAGAUAGAUAGAUAGAUAGAUAGAUAGAUAGAUAGAUAGAUAGAUAUUUUUAUUUAUCCACGGUACGAAAUUCGUCAGCUUUAAAAAUGCCUAAUACUAAUAUAAUAAAAAUAUUUAAAUAAAAAAGCUGCUUUCCACGAAUGCCGUGCCUUACAGUUCUUUGAGUAAUCGUUUAAAUUGCCCAAGGGACUCUGCUUCCCUUAAGUUACAAGGAAGACUGUUACAGAGAAUGGCGCCACUAUAGCUGAAGCUGUUUUUGUAAUAGUUUGUGCGCGGUAAUGGAACAUUGAGUUUAUUUUCAGAGUCCCUUAGGUUAUAUGCGACUUCUCGCCUUUCAAAUUUAGAACUAAGAUAGUUUGGAGCCAACCCGUGCAGAGACCUGUAAACCAUCGUAGCUCUUUGAAAUUGUUGCUGGCAAGCUAGGUUUUUCCACCCUAGAAGUUUGAAAAGGUGACCAGCAUCUACAUCAUAGCUUGAGUAGGUCAAAACACGGGCUGCUCUGUUUUGUAGCUUUUGAACCUUAUUCCGUAAGGUUAUCCCACAGUUUUCCCAAACAAUGUUGCAAUAAUCAAAGUGUGGCUGUAUUAAAGCUUGAUAUAUUAGUUGUAAGGUCGCCUGAGGGACAAGGUGCCUUAUUCGUUUUAUGGCCCCAAUACCAGAAGCAACUUUCUUUAUUACUUUCUCGAUAUGGCCACUCCAAUCAAGUCUGUCAUCGAUGGCCACUCCAAGUGAUUUUGCAGUAGUGACCUGGCUAACUUCAAAAUCAUUAAUUGCAAAUCUCGGGGACUCUGUGAGAGUACUUAGCCUCUGCCUAGAUCCGAUAAGCAUAAAUUCGGUUUUAGUCAUAUUUAGAGUAAGUUUGUUUGCUCUCAGCCAGUUGUGAACAUUUUCUAAAUCUUGAUUUAGAUGCAACUGAAUAUUGUCUGCAUUAUCACCUGCGUACGUAAGGUGGGUGUCAUCAGCGUACAUCCUCGGCUCACAAUGUGAAAGACAGUUUGGAAGAUCGUUGAUGUAUAACAGAAAUAAUAAUGGACUUAAAAUCGUGCCCUGGGGAACACCACAACUUAAUAAACAGCUUUGAGAGAGCGAUCCGUUGAUGGAGCACAUUUGAGUACGAAGGUUGAUACUUCAUUGUCGAGUGGUUGCAGGAGUGGCUCUGUCUCCACAUGUCUGCACACUUUACUGAUGUGUGAUGUCAGAAGAUCUCGGAUUGUAUCAUGUCUCUACGCUACAAAACCUCCCUUCUUACAUGACAACGCGUGGUUGACAGUAAACAUUUCUACACAAGCACAGUAACUAGGGAGAUUAGGCAGAGGGAGGCUGUAGCGAAGGCAAAGGGAGUCCCUAAACUCCUGCUUGUUCAAAGCCAGUCCGUGUUCUUCGAUUGGAAUAGCGUUCAGCCACGAGCUGGCUCCCUUGUCCCUUGUCUGCUGCACCGCUUGGAGUAGAUCCGAAGAUAACGAUUCGUCAAUCCUGUCAAUCUGGGACUUUGCAGUGGCUCUCCUUUUAGAACUGAUUUCACACUUCCUUUUCUCCAUCAGCUCUCGUGCUGGAAUGGUGGAGCUUUGAGUAACAAUAGAAUUGACGUGUGGUGCUGUUAUAUCAAGCGAGGCAACUGUUCCAAACUUUCGCGCUUAAGAUCUCGAAUCCCAAUCCCGCCCUGCGCAGGUGAUAAUAAUAACAAUAAUAAUGAUAAUAAUAAUAAUAAUAAUAAUAAUAAUGGUAAUGAUAAGGAAAACCAAUCUUUAUUUAAAUAAUAAGUAUCAGAACAAUAAUUAACAUUUACAAUCUUAAACUAUAUCGUAUUGUUUACAAAUUAAAAACUAAAUAUAUGUCCACGAUAGAAAACUAUUUACAAUUGUGAAUAAUUUAAAAGUGGGAAAAGGAAAAUUAAGCAUUACUAAGGGAAAAAAAACUAUCAAAAAUCUAGGCCUAAAAUCAUGAGUGCAGAUGUAGACCAGCUACAGCGAAAGUGAAGUCUUCUGGGACCUCACGUGAUUUGAAUGGAUAUCUAUAACCUCUAAUAAUAAUAAUGAUAAUAAUAAUAAUAAUAAACUUUUAAUUGUUUAUAUAGCGCUAUUUCCGUAUGCUCAAUAGCGCUUUACAGUAUUCAUAAAAAAGAAAAAAAAAUGCUUUAAAAACUUGCAUCGGUGAUGAUUAAAAGAACACCAGACGAAUUAUAUAUUACAAUAAAAAUCCUAAUUAAAAAUUCUAAAAAUUCUAAGCUGCAAUUAAAAACUAAAUCCCUAAAACUUAAAACGAUAACAUCUGAAAGAUGUAUGCUUUGAUACUCUAUAAUUAAAUUAUAUUAGCUAAACCUAUUGUAGUCUAAGUUUAAAAAGGUAAUAGUCUUAAUGUUGGUUUUAAACUCUAAUAAUGAAGCACUUCUGCGAAUAUACUGUGGAAGUGAGUUCCACCAAUGAGGUGCAGCAACAGAGAAAGACCUUUGGCCAUAGGCGACUAAAUAAACUGAUGGUACUCCAAGUAGGUUCCUGGCGGUGGUAGUUACUGGUGUGGCAACACAAGAGAGAGAUAACUAUGACCGCUGGGUUAUGAAAUACCGGCUACAGUAUAGUAAACCAUCAACCUCGAUGGAAUUACAUGAAUACAAAGGAGAAGGCGAAGACCACAGCAAGGUAGUGCAUUGCUGAUAUUCUCAACGGGUUCAUGCUUUUACCUCAGUCUGCGGCUAGAAAACGAUCUAGGAAACAGAGACUAGGCUAGGGUAUUUUCUAUAUAUGCAGAAAAACGUGUUUUAGUAGAUCGUACAGUAUUUUGUACAUCUGUCAAUCUGUAGCUUAAUAAAAAUAGUAACCCGUGCAAAAAUACUCGUCAAUGCCAUUCCCUACUUCCCUAAGAGACAGGUGUCAUUGAUUGGGAUACAUUGAAAUCUGGGCCAUUUUGUCCCUUGCUGAAUGACUUACAAAUCGAACGGGGUCGUUUGGUGUUAUUCACAAUGGCAGCCCGGGUAUACAGAAAAAAAAUAAAGCUGUGGGAAAAAAAUGAUACUCGCCAUGCCACACAUUGAAUUCAAGGGAAUUCUUACGGCUUUGGAGCAGGAUUCCUAUUUUGAUGUGAACAAAUGGAAUUUGAUCGUGUUUGAUGAUCAGAUGAUUGACGCCAGUAAAGACAAACGAAUCGUGAACCUCUUUACUCGUGGUUCUCAUCAUCGCAAUCUAGGCGUGAUUUAUAUCGUUCGUGCAGAAUCUAUUCCAUCAGGGGAAAGGUAGCCGCAUAUCUGUUUUGCAACUGAAAGUGUCACUUAGCUAUCUUAUCGUCCCGAAGAUCGUUUCGAGAAAGCACGUCAUCCAUGUUGUCCUGUAUUUUUUGCAUAGCUGGAAGAAGCGGGACGAGCGAAAGAGUUUGCAGCUUCAGAUAUUUCAGAAGCUCAUGAGGAAUAUUUUCUUGAAACCCUGCUUGGUUAAAGCCUUCUUCACUGGGCAGGACGUUUGUUCGCAGUCGGCAAUUGUCAACAAUUAUCUUAGGUUGUAGUUUUCAGAUCAAUCAGAAGAUAACCAAAAGGUCUUUUUACAGCCUCUUCUUACUGAUUUAAAAAGAAAUCUGUUUGCCCGGGAUGCAUUUGCUUCGCCAGAGUCAAGAUUUACAAUUUGUCUCGUGGAUUCUUGAAUACUUGAUUUUUAAAGAACAAUUUAAUACAAGAACACGACCGGAAGAAAUAAUCAGUACUGUCUUAACAUCAAGGACACAAGAUUCUUCGACAGCAACGACAGCAUUCUUCACUCCCUCAACCCCUUCGACGUCAAAUACCAGACAAAGAAAGCUUCACCCCUCCACCAUCCACCCCUAAAUCCUGCUUUUCUGUCCCCUCCUCCCGCAAUAGAAACCCCAUCACAACAAGGCCAGAUGCGCAAAAGGCGUCGGAGUCAAUUUGUAAAUUAGUUGGAUGAUUAUAAAGCUCAUGGCAAACAGCUGAAGGAACGUCGCUCGGCAUGAGAAAUUCAAACCUUACAAGUACUCCAUGGGCGAAGAAGAUAAGGAUUAAUUUAUCAUUCCCUUACAAAUCGCUGUGUAUUUGAUUCUUUUUGUCAUUGUUUUUUUAUUUUUAAAACGGUAUCUCGUGUCUGAUUUUAUUGCUAGCGUUUAUUAGUCGCGUGUUUUAAUUGAUCCUUGUUAAGUUAUUUUAAAUUGCUUUAAUACUUACACGUCAAGGUUCUCUCUUAAGGUUUUUCGUGUAGAACUAAUUUGUAUGCGAUUACGGUGGGUUUGCGAACUCGCAUAAUUAACUGACUGCGUGAAUGCUAAGACUUUAAUAGACAUUUCCUUGAAAUAAAAAGAGAAAAAACGCUUUUGUAAUAGUCAGCAAACGAAUUUACAAAUAAAUUAAACAUUUUUUUAAAAAAUAAAGGGUUUUCAGCUCCACUUUGUGUAUGUUUUGUUGAUAUAUCUGGGUUGUUAGCGCUAAAUAAGAAGACAUAAGCUGUUUCUCGCGAUGCUAGGUGAUCGCUCCUAUUUUCCCUUUAUUAGACGUUUCGGUAAACAGGGCUCAAGUAACUUAAUGGGCAAGUCUAGGCAAGCCAGUUGUGCCUAUUGUGUUCUUCGAUAUGAAAAGAAACGAUUAUCCAAUUAAUUAUAUAUGGAGGAAGGCACUUAAUUAGUAAGGAAGAACGCAUUUUUACCUAGUUAGCUAGACACUAAUUAGCACUUAAUUAGUAUUCAGGAAGGCAUUUUUUCGCUAAGUCAUAACAAUAGAUGACGUCAUUGACUCGACCCUUAUGCAUAUCAAUGAUUUACCUCGACCUAACUCGACAUAAUUCGGUUAGGUUUCAACAUAGUAGACUACUCACCAUGGUAAAAGGUAUUUCCCAUGUUAACAAAGUCGUGGUAAAUUUUAACGUGGGUUUUGUUCAUCGCCGGUCCGUUGUGCGGUUACACAUGAAUUAAUUCCCCUGGCAAUUUAGACGCUUUUAAGGCUUCACUCGCCCUUUUGCCGUAAUAAUUGCCUUCAGUCAUGGCAGUAUUUCAUCUUAUGUUGAAAAUUUAUGUGUAGUUUAGCUGAGAUUCAAACUGAUAUGUUAACCCUGAUAAUUUAGCGAAGGCACAUAGCAUUUUUUUAAAUCCCGACCUUAGACCAUGAUACGUUUUUUGCAUCAAAUGGAAACUCGAAGAAAAAUUCGAGCCCUAGGUGGAAUUCGAACCCAUCGUGAUCCAGUCGGAUGCUCUAACCAUUGAUCAUGAGCUACUGGAGUCGAUGGUGAGCAAAGCUGAAAUGUGGGUCUUUUACAGUUCAGCUGCAUCCCACUUUUCGAUUACAUGCCAGGAAUAGAGCAUAUUUUUGUAAAAUGGGGUUGACAGGCCUACACGACUCCCUAGUGCGUGUUUAGCCUUUUUUAUAGUUUGGCUCUCACGAGUAUGUCUUUGAGCGACCGCCCUUUUUUGUGCGAUAUGAGGGGCGGAUUUUUGUAGAUUUCACUCAGUAAUGGUUGUUGUUCUAUUAAAUGCCAGUUUUUCAUGAGAAUUUGCUUUAGGUUAAGCACUGAUAGUUGGUUUUGUGUAACAAAUGGCAAGAUUCGUAGGUUCCGGCUAUCUUUAAAACAAGGAACGGUGAAUCGGGGAAUGGGAAUGGGGGACGGGGAACGGGGAAUCUUUAAAAUGGGGAACCUUUAAAAGCGGGACUCUUUAAAAUAGGGAAUCUUUAAAAGCGGGAAUCUUUGAAACGGGGAAUCUUUAAAAGCGGGAAUCUUGAAAAUGGUGAAUCUUUAAAAGCAGGAAUCUUUAAAACGAGGAAUCUUUAAGAUUCCAAUUUAGCACAUGUUAUUGAAUUCGAGAAAACCCAUUUUAUAAAGGAUUUUUUUUCAAACCACGACAACAUGAAGGAAAGUGAAUUACAAAUUUGAAACAACGACGACAUAAAUAUUAUUUCAAAUAUCAUCUAUGACAAGUAAAAAAAAAUAAUAAAAUGAUGACGUACCGAAAGACAUCUUUCGGGCGACCUUUAAUAACAGAAACAGUAACAGUAACAAAGCAAUAUAUGUUUUCCUUUUUGUACAUUAAAUUGUCCCAAAGAUAAAGUCAGUUUCAAAAUUUUAACCACUACUAUCGAAAACCACAUUUACACACAUUGUGCUAACGGUCAAUCCGAGCAAGAACAAGGGGAACGCAACUGUAAAACAAAACACGACUCUAAACUAUGUACCUUUGAGUGUGUUCCCGUCUAGGUUAAUAUAAAUAUCCUUUCUUUGCUUAAUGAACUAAAUCUAAAUAGUAAGAGAUCGACAGGUGCUGACUACCUUCGAUGACUAACAAAAGUCCCGGCGGGCCCUAUCGUUGGUUGCUGAAAUAACGGCAUAAAAUGAAUAUCGACGUUAAUAUUUUGGGUUACAAGACGUUCGAGGCAAAUAACACAAAUUUGAACUCAAGGAAAAUGAAAUCUAACUCUAGUUAGCGGUUUGCCUCGAGUUAACUAUAUCUUAAGGACGGUGCCAACUAAUGGGAAGUAUUUUUUUCCCGACAUAAUGACUAUGUGAGACAAGUAGAUCAUAUCAGCGGCUAUUGAAAUCCAAAACGAAAACUGGGGGUAACCACGCAUUUUUCAGAGAUAACUGCGCUUCAAUAAGGAGAAAAACGCUGAAUAGGCUUUUUUUUGGAAAAAUGAUAAAAAGUUAUUUUUUCCCAAAAUUUCGGAGUGUACACGUAAACUGGCACAAAAUGCAUUAUGCAAUGAUAAUUUCACUAACGUUUUAAAACAAGCAACAAGUGAUAACAUAACAACUGCUCUUUAUACGUCUCUUUUUGAAAUAUCAGCACAACUGGGAAGUUAUCAGCAGUUACCCCUCUCCACGCGUUUGUCUUAAAAAUAGUGUAAACGACAUUUUCCCCGAACCAAAACUUGAUCGUUUGCUGAAUAGGCUUAUUACUUUCAUUUGGUAAGAUAAAAAAAAGUAGGGUUUACCACGCGUUUUUAGAAGUUAAAUUGGUUGGUUUCGACCUUGAUUUAAUCGCUUUGGGGAUUAUUUACAAUUUUCCCAUCCCCUCCCUGGUCAGUUUCACUAUUGCUUCCGGCUCAACGCGGAGUAAUCUGGGAUAUCCACAAUGGCUGACAGUCAGAGAACAACAACCCACGGAAGAGAGCAAAAACAGAAAGUGAAACAGGACAUUUCAUGGACCAUAAGGAAAAAAAAAAUACUAUUUCAUUCAACUGGAGCUUCUCCGUCUCAAAAAUUUAACUAAAAUUUUUGGAGAAGAGCAAUCUCGAAGGAAUUAAAGAUUACUUCCAGCGCACAUAAAGUAGUAUGUCGAGCUAAAGAUCCAAGGCUGGCGCUGUAAACAAACUACUGUACUGUAGUGAAAAAUAGUCGACAGGGACUCUUAGACAGGUAUUCCUUCAAUCGUUUGCUUACCUGUACAUGUCCUCAAGAUUUUUUUAUAACAUAGCGCGCGUGCUUGCCCUAUAUAAGUCCUAUUGAGCCGCUAUGAACAAAAUCUUUAUUUACGCACGCCCGUGCGUAAAUAAGAUGACGUAAGCAUUUUUUUUUUACCUGGCUGCAGAGUUGUCGUCUUUUAAGCUGCAGUGCAGUUUUCCUUCUCUUUAAAAUAUGGAAGAAAUUAGCGAAGAACUGCCCAAUUUUUCUAUCGGCAUUGACCUUUUAGGUCCUGAUCCAACAAGCAGCAAAAAUAGAGCCGAAUUAAAACAAACUCACUUGUUGCGCGUUUCGCAAAUUUGUCGGAAGACCAGCUGCAGCACAUUUUGGCCGAAAAACAUUCACUGGGAACAGAACAGAUACCAACUGGUCAUCAACAACAUUAAGAGGUUAAAUUUCCGUUUUUAUUGUUGUUUUUAAAUUUGUUAUGCACUUUUGUUAUCUCUGGACAAUCCGACUGAGGCAGGAAGAUUUCUCUCGCAAUAACAACACAAAUUACACAAGAAGACAUAAAUUUAUUACUCACAAAAACAACUGCUGCCAGGUCUUCUCAAGAAGCCGUAAUGACCAAUGUUUGUAAAUGAAUAUGAGUUUAAAGAAGGAUGACAGUCGUCUUCACUAAAAACAUGUUUUCUGGAUUUCGCCGAGCAAAACGUAAACAUCUUUUCAGCAAAUCCAAACCAUACUCCACGACUUCUUACGAACAUGUUAGUAUCUUAACUUUAGGUGAACUUUAAGGCUCUUUUACCUUUGUUUCUGCUUAGUUUCCAUUGAUCGUUAACGAAUAAAGAAGCAAAUUUUCUUUCUCAGUUUUACAGAAAAGCUAUAGAAAGAAUAUUUUCAUUCAAACUAGAUGAUUGUGGUGUGUUCGUAAUCAGCCAAUAGAAGCGUUUGUUAUUGUGUAGCGCGUUACGAGAAUUUUGUAGUUAAUCAAAAAGCAAGCAUUUUUGUCAGCUAUGUUAUAAAAAAAUUUGCUCAUGCUUUUAGCUGUGCGUAUAUCGAGUUAUGGAUGCACUUGGGAAGUUUGGAGAGCACUCAAGAAGCUAGAGUUGCACUCGGCUAUCGCCUCGUGCAACUCUUACGCAUCUUUCGUGCUCUCCAAACUUCCCGCGUGCAUCCAUAACUCGAUAUACGCACGCUAAGCAUGAACAAAUUCUUAAUUAACUGUAGAUGUAAUAUAGAUUGUAAACCUUCUAUCGUUUUUUAUCAUUUUACCGGGUACCUCGAUCGAAUACUGAUAUUAAACUUGCAUGCAUUCAAUGAGCUUAUAUCUGUGCUUUGCGCUAUCUCUUUCGGGCUUUGUCACAAGUUUCAUAUGACAUAAAUGAUUUGCAUAUAUAGACUCAAGUUCCAUACAUGCCACGAGGAGCCGCAAGGGGUGAUAUUUUUGCACGGCAUCUGGCGGCACAUCAAAGAAUUUGGAAUUGAAGGGCAAAUUCCUAGAAUAUCUUCGCCAGUUAAGCUAGAGAAAAGGUGUUAAAAAACCUCAGGAUCCAAAACAACACGUCAAUCAAAAUAUCACUUGGACCUUUUCGCUAAUGAAGAGCUAUCACGCGGCUAAGCUUGAAUUAGACAUAUAUUGAAACAGGAACUCGUGUCAAUAAAGUAUCAGAAGUGAGCGGGAAUCGCUCCUGGUUAAAAAACUGGUUCACGGGGAUAUGCAUCUUUUCUAGUUAAGAGAAGGGAGUCAGAACUGCUUUUCAUGCAGGAACAGGUUUUCUUCGGGCUAACUACAAAACCUCAGCUUAUUUCACUCCUUGACAUUGUCAAAGCGCAUUUUGUAAAGAUAACUUUUUCCGCUUUAUGAGCUUUUUUUAUAUUCUAUUCCAUUAAUGUUUAACCUCCCUCAAAAAGCCAAGUAAUAUAAAUGCUGUUGUUAAAAAAAGCGUUUUACUUGUUUACGUGAAUUCGCUACCCAAAGAUCACUAUGCUGAAAGGACAGGGCAAAAUUUCCAGGAGAGAGGCAUUAAUUUUUUUUUCCCACGAGGCUACAAAGAGAAAAUGCAAUGAUUAUUAUUAAUGUAACCAUCAGGUAUAUUCUACCCUUUACGGACGGCAAAUGCAGUGAUUAUUAUUAAUGUAGCCAUUGGGUAUAUUCUACCCACGAGGUUACAAAGAGAAAUGCAAUGAUUAUUAUUAACGUAACCUUCAGGUAUGUUCUACCCACGAGGUUACAGAGAGCAAAUGUAGUGAUUAUUAUUAAAUGUAACCGUCAGGUAUAUUCUACCCACGAGGUUACGGAGAGCAAAUGCAGUGAUAUUAUUAAUGUAACCAUCAGGUAUGUUCUACCCACGAGGUUACAAAGAGAAAGUGCAAUGAUUAUUAUUUACGUAACCUUCAGGUAUGUUCUACCCACGAGGUUACAGAGAGCAAAUGCAGUGAUUAUUAUUAAAUGUAACCGUCAGGUAUAUUCUACCCACGAGGUUACAAAGAGAAAAUGCAAAGAUUAUUAUUAUCGUAACCUUCAGGUAUGUUCUACCCACGAGGUUACAGAGAGCAAAUGCAGUGAUGAUUAUUAACGUAACCUUCAGGUAUGUUCUACCCACGAGGUUACAGAGAGCCUGCAAAUGCAGUGACAAUUAUCAGAUUUUAGUGCAACUAUCAGGUUGAGUUCCUCCAUUAAAAGAGUUUUUUGCUAGGGUUAAACAAGUUUGGCUUUCCCUGAGUUUCAAGGUGAAGGAAAUUAUCAGUAUAAUUAUAGCACACAAACAUUGUCAUCUAAUUUUUCGCACGUAGCUGGAAUAAGCCAAGAAAUGAAGCAUAUAUAACGAAAAAUCGUUCUCAGAUGAUCUCCAUAUUAAAUAAAUUAUACUAAACGUUGCGAAAGAAAUUAUUGUUCGUAUCCGUCUUAUCCAUCGUAAAAGCGAGGGGUCAUCGCAUGACAUCCGGUAUAUUAAACAGAGGUAAUACUCACGGGUUUCACGAGUUGUAUGCACUAUUUUUCGCCGAGAAACAAAUUUAAACUUCAAUUCUUACCUUACAGUAGUCCGUUCUUUUACCUUGCAUUCGACAACAAAUCUGUUAAAGGCGAACAAAGCGAUUCCGGCACUCUUCUUUAUGAUGAGUAGCAAGCCGCAGGAACUGAAGCCGCUUGACUGAAGUAAAAUCCACCGAUAUGCACGGCAUUCUCACUACAAAUAUAAACAAACGUUGCGGGGGAAAAAAGACGAGGAGGAAAAAAUGCCAGAUCUUCGCCUUGGCAAUGUAUUCCAGCUACCAUGCCGGCGUAUCUCCAGAAGGUGGACUCGAAGUGGGACAAACCUUGUGAUUUUUUUAGACGCCCUUUGCGCGCGAACUAAUUUAUUCUGGCGCGAAAUGAAGAUUAACAAUAGGUAUACUGAAAUCUAAUCCACGACAAGAAGAUUUUCGCACUGUAGCGCGACAUAUUAAAUGCCUAUUUUUACAAGUACGCGGAGAAAGUGGUCCACUAGUUUAACUUUUUUAAGAUGAAUUUACUCCACAAAGGCAAAAUGAAUGUUUUAUCUCUAUGUUGUUUACGGGCCGGAUUAGAAGGCAGAAGUAAAUUCAUCAUACAGACCCCAUCAAAAUGAAAGUACACGAAUGAAACGGAAUAAGUCUGGAACGGUUUAGUUUCUACUCGGCAGCUUCUUUGCUUUUAUAACAAAAAUUUAAUGUUGCAGUCUGUUUUAAACGUUGGCAUAUCAACGCGCACAGUCACUGAAUGAAAACAACAGUCACUGAAUGAAAACAACAGUCACGAUCACGUUCUUCGAAACCGACCAGACGCGCGCGACCUACCACUGUUAUGGCAAGCAAUUAUCCUGAAGGUGUUAAUGUUCCCGUGACAGUCUUCGCACUGAAGGUGUAAAUGGUAAACCGAACGGUCGCUUUGAUCAUCAGAAAGACCUGUCAACUUUGAUGAUUUAACUGAUUAAAUUACGGGACAGAAAUUUUACUGCUUGCGGCUCAUCGUGAUCAUGAGCUCUCUUUUAAAAAAGCUGAAUAAUGCGAAAGUAGUUGUACCGAAUGCGUUUAUGUACCCUCAUAUAUAAACUGGGCUGUAAUGAUCAUUUUAUAUAUUUCGUUUUGAUUUUUUUACUGUAGCAUAUUCUGUGUCAUGUUCAUUCACUAUUUUUAGAUCCUAAAUGUUAAUUUUAGGCUUAACAGUGUCUGUUAAACCUAAGAAAGUCUUAGAAUGGAAAUACUUUAUUUACCUUCUAUCUUUAGUUUGUAAACAGCCAAAUGGCAGCUAUGUCUAAAUGUCCAGAUUAUGUGUGGCGUGAAAUUGAACCUUUCGACAAGUAAAGUUGCGUGUCGUCAGCGAAGCAGUGCUCAUUCGGCAGGUGGUCUUGUACUAUCUCAAAGAGCCUGGAGGCUUAAACCACAAACAGAAGCGGGCCGAAACAGCUGCCUUGUGGGACACCAAAACGCAGACCAAAGCUAUCAGAUGUAGCCCCCUCAAACAAAACACGCUGGCUGCGUCCCGACAAAUACGACGGGAGCCACUCUAAAGCCUUCCCGCCUAUACCAAAAUCAGUGGUCAAGCGUUUUAGCAAAAUCGGGUGGUCCACGGUGUCAAAAGCAGAUUCCCCAUUCUAAAGAUUCCCGCUUUUAAAGAUUCCCCGUCUUAAAGAUUCCCCAUUUUAAAGAUUCCCGCUUUUAAAGAUUCCCCGUUCCCUGUUCCCCAUUCCCAUUCCCCGAAAGAUAGAUUUCUCUAUUGUUUCUGUUGAAGGGCUAGUUUCCUGCCCUUGAAAUUAACCUCUGUAAGGGUUGUGAGAUUCUCUGGGUAACCUCUCCGUAGCAGAUGCGACUUGAAGUUUGUAAUUUUCUCUUCAAAUAUUAUUUUAGAAAAGUUUGUUCUGAGAAUUCUUAGGGCCUCUUUUUAUUUCUUUGUGGGUGACAGGAUUUAAAAUGCGUAUAUUGAAAUGUCUCAGUUCGUUUAAAAUGAGUACGCACAUCAAGGAUCGCGUCGAAUCUUGCGAAUCUUUCGAAUCUUGCGCCUUUGUACAUGUAGGUGUCCAGGAAUGUUGUUUCCUUAUCGCAAAUUUCAGCCGUAAAUUUGAUCGUAGGAUGGUGAUCGUUCACUUGUUCAAUGAACUGUUCUAUUCUGUACCUGUUUAUAGUCCAGAGCGAGAAUAUGUCUUCUAUAAAACGUUUUCAAACGCGCGGUUUUAGUUCGCUUUGGCUAAGGAUUUCCGUGUCUACCUUAUUCAUGAAUAUAUUAGAAAAGGCGACUGCCAUUUCUUGCCCAUGGCCAUGCGUUUGAAGGUAGUAAUUUUUGCGAAGUAUCGUUCCUACAUCUGGCCCAACAAACCAGUUCAAAAUUUUGCCUUCGAAUAGCCCUGUUACUUCCAUCUGAAGGUAAAAUCUGUCAUGUCAACAUUGAUUUUUCUCUCAACAGGGCGAAAGAAACCCGUUUAAAAAACGCAUUUUUUUUCCUGUUCAUGUUGGUGUUAAAUGUAGAAACCUGAUUGACUCUCUUGUCUUGGGCAUCGAAAAACCCUAGCUAUUUACCACGUUAAAUGCCAUGGGCGGUUUCUUUCUUUCUUUCUUUCUUUUUUUGUGACGUAACCAUGGAUGUUUCCCAUGAUAAGUUUACCUCGGGAAAGUCCGGUCACACGCCCCACGCUAAUUUCCCGCGUUAAAAGGAUCGUUUGUCACGUAGCCUAUUCCAGGCUCUAAGAUAGUGUCAGGACGCAAAAGUGAAAGGUACGCGAAAAGGGGAGCUAGGCGGGAAAAAGGAAAUAAGCCUGUAAUCAUUUCAAAGUAUAAAACCAUCAACUGACAUGAUACAGCUCACCUUGACUCUGAAGAUGAGUACUGCACAGGUUGUCGAAAUAUCAGUCACUGUCAGCAACAAUAGUCCUCAACCUACUUAUGUAAAGUUCUAUUGAGGCUAGACUGAAGGGUUUUAGGUUGUUUAAUUUUAUCCAUAUUGCCUUCUGGAUUUGAAUAACUAAAAGGCGAUUUUCUUUUGUCCGUGAAGAUGUGAUAGUUUCUUGCAAUAUUUUUUCGUGCUGAGUCCAGCUCGUUAGAUGUUUUAAAAUUCUCACGGAUAGUGAUCUACAAAUCUAAAUUCCGAAGAGUGGAUUGCAACUUAAGCCGAAGCUUCAUUAACUAGGGAGAAUUGUGUUGAUGCGAGUCUUUCCAAACGUGGACCCAGCUGAAAUAUCAAGCUUUUUCUGAAGCUGAUCGCGAUCGGCAGGAUUGCAGAAAAACAUCUUUAUUUCAUACAUACUGAGUGAUUGUGUUUGAGUCAACCUGCGUGAAAACAUGGUUCGCGUCUUUAUUCAACCAAUCAGAAAAGCGAAACGGCUUUUUCACGUGUGAGUAGAACGUUUCGACCAAUCACAGGGCACCCACCAAAAGCAACCGUAUUUUCGGUAGCUUUGUGUUUUCAAUAAAGGUUCUAUAGAGUACUAAAGUGUGACGUCACGCUGUCAUGACAACCAUUUGUCUGGGUCUAAACAAAACCGGGCUGCAAUACGGACGCCAUUGUUAAAUUGCGGUUUCGUAUUGUUCACUAAAUAAUCUCGACAUAUAGGACUUUCUAUUCCAAAGAAUGAAAAAAACAAUGGUUUACGGACUCCAUUGUUGUGCUCGAUGCAAACGUUUGAAGCUGUACGUGCGAUUUUAUGGAGAAAUUUAUGUGUGAGUAGGUGGCCGAUCCCCACAGUGAAAGGCCACAAAGGUCACGAACAUGCAUUGCUUUGCUCCGGAAUGUAACCAUCAUUCGGAAUCGCAUGCUUGCCAGUUCUUUCUGUUUCCAAAUCCAGAGAAGAACAAGGAAGAAUAUGACCGAUGGGUUCGCUUGCUAAGGUAGGCUGAAUGUUUGCUGUUUUUGUAUGGUUUUUCACCAUCGUGCAGUUUCAGUGAGUACAAGUUUGUUUAUAAUGAUAACGGUGAUAAAGAAAUACUUGAGCUUUGUAAAUGGAUGGCGAGAAAUGUAAGGCACAAGUAGUAUUCCGAUAGUUUAAGCUAAAAUUUUGGCGCUGUUUAAACCUCUUAACGUUAAUCUGAAGGGUUUGUUCUAUAUCAGGAGAGCUGACAGAAAACCAAGCAAGCAUUCCAAAGUGUGCAGCUUUCAUUUCAGACGUGGAAAGAAAUCUGCAGGGCCGGAAAUUUUCAAGUAGAAUGCUGAUAAACUAUUCCCGUCACAAAAACCUCCUCCAAAAAAGAAAAAGAAACCCAAAUCACUGGUUAAUAAGUUACCGACUGUUAAAGAUACUAUGGCCAUCAUUAAUGCCACAUCUGCAGAGUCUUCAGAUACAUGGGACGAAAGAUCCUCAACUCCAACUGAGCAAAUAAUCUUAGAGGCAGAAUGAACCGUAGCAAAGCAGGAGCUGAACAAUCACCAGGAAACCAUGCAGUAUCAGAAAAAACAUUACUCAGUUUCAAUCUUGAGUUCUGAAGUAAUCAGAAUGGAAACUGGUUUACCAACAAAGGAGAUUUUGACAAUUGUAGUGGAUUAUACAGCCAAAUUCAAGGACUCCAUUUCUUAUUACUGUGGAUGGAAAGUCGAGUCCAUAACCUUUAAGGACCAAACAUUCAUAACACUUAUGAAGUUACGGCAAAACUACACCAAUUUACACCUCGCACAGCUAUUUUCAUGCAGUGUUGGGACAAUUUCUAACAUAGUUAUAACAUUUGUACACAUCAGUUACAUACACUGCUGUUUGAUGACCUGAUGAGAGUGAUUCCUUCCAGGAAAAAGAACUGUUUGUGUUCGCCAUGAUCCUUUUCAGAGUUCUCGAGCUGCAGAAUUAUUGUUGAUUGUACUGACAUUGAAGUGGCCACACUAAGCCUUAUGAGUCAACAAAAUGUGACCUAUUCAAGUUACCGUGGGAUGAACUCAUUCAAAGUCUUGACAGGGGUUGCACCUAAUGGGGUGUUGACCUACAUUAGCAACCUCUACCCUGGAUCCAUCUCCGACAAAGAGAUUGUCCAGCAAUCUGGUUUUCUACAGCACUUUGUUCCAGGUGAUCUGAUCUUGGCAGACAAAGGAUUUCUCAUUUAAGACAUUGUUCCUAAGGGUGUGUCUGUGAACUUUCCACCAUUUCUUGAACAUGGUAAAUUUACUGAAAGUGAGGCCAAGUUAACCAAGUCAAUAGCUAGAUGUCGCAUACAUGUUGAAAGGGCAAAUGCAAGGCCCAAAGAUUUUAAAAUUCUGAGUUUUGUCCCUCCAUACUUAAGGUCUCACAUUGACAAAGUGUUUCAGUUAUGUGCAGCGAUUGUCAACUUGCAGUUUCCUUUAAUUAAAGAGGGGUGUGAGGGAACAGACUUUGACUAGGAAAUUUAAUGUACAUUGCCAGUUAAGUGGAUACAUAAGUGAUGUUCUCAAAAGCAAUAUUGUACAGUUGGGUGUACUUUUUAUUGCUCUUUAAUCAUCACAUUCUUUAAAAUCUUCUGUCAGUAGGCUUUUGUUAUGGUACUUGUUUAAGUUCAGGAUGCCUGCAGAGGAAGUGAAGCAAUUCGAGUGAUUUAAUAUUUCCGUCUUAAUGUUGUAUAUGCAUUCAUGUUUCAUAACAUCAAAAUAAACUUUUAUGAUUCAUCAUACAUGUACUACUGCACAUUCUCUUGCCAAUACUUUAAGAAAAUGUAUAAUAUCAGUCUGCUCAGUCUGCAGGAUUUGUACAUGUACUUGUACAUUUGGACUUAGAGGGUUAACAGUCAUGUGUUUGAUUGGGUAGUGUUUCAAUAAUUUACGACAAACUUAAAGGUCACUCUUAGGAGUUAAAGGAUUGAAUGAAACAGACUCAGUCAUAACAAGUAUUCAAAGACAAACUUAUUUAAUGUUUGUAACAAACUAAGCAACUGUAAACAAUUAAAUUAACUCGUCACAUUUCAUACAUUAUUAGUUAGGAAUAAAAAUACUGUGAAAUUGAAAAUUUUCCGAACAACAACAACUUUGAAAGUUUGAAAAGUGGACAGUCCAUAUCAUGUAUAGCCCUGUACACAACAUACAAAUUUUGUUUCAGUCAUACAAGAAGUGCCCUAUAAUGGAAAAAUAAUAAUAACAAAAAGAAUUGAAACUUUUAGAGUUCUCCCUCAAUAAUUUUUGGGAAAAGGUGUUUCAAAUAAAACUCUUUCAGUUCUUCAAUCUUAAUCUCCCAAGAGUCAUCCCGCUGAAUUUCAAGAACUACAAAAUCUUUAAGCGUCCAUACGACAAAGUAACACUUCUUUCUCUUGGUGAGAGAUAAGUGGCCCUG